AUGCCGACUAUUUCAUGCGACAAGGAGGAUUUGUAUAAGGCGCUGGGGAAACAAUACACCAAAGAUGAGUUCGACGAGCUGUGCUUCGAGUUCGGCAUUGAGCUCGAUGAGGACACCUCAGAGUCGAAGAGGCCGAUUGUAGACGGUGUAGAGGAGCGACCACAGCUCAAGAUUGAGAUUCCCGCCAACAGAUAUGACAUGCUGUGCUUCGAGGGCAUUGCCAUGAACCUCAAUGUCUUCCUGGGCCGACAACAGACCCCCAAUUACAGACUUGUCGCCCCACCCAAUGGCGAACUCCUUACAGUCAACGUCACCAAGGAUACUGAAAGGAUACGGCCCUACUUCUCAUGUGCUAUUCUCCGCAACAUCAAGUUCGACAAGGCCCGGUAUGAGUCUUUCAUCUCGCUCCAGGACAAGCUCCACCAGAAUCUGGCACGUCAAAGAACGUUGGUUUCGAUUGGUACUCACGACUUGGACACGAUUGAGGGACCAUUCUCCUACGAAGCGCUUUCACCAGAGGAGAUCAAGUUCGCGCCUCUCAACCAGACCAAGGUCAUGAACGGCAAGGAGAUGAUGGAGUUCUACGAGAAGGACAAGCACCUGUCUCGCUACCUGCACAUCAUCCGCGACUCGCCCGUAUAUCCCAUAAUCUACGACAAGAACAGGACAGUGCUCUCGAUGCCUCCAAUCAUCAACAGCAACCACUCCAAGAUCACGCUCGAUACCAAGAACGUCUUCAUCGACAUCACGGCCACGGACAAGACGAAGCUGGAGAUCGUUAACCACAUGAUCGUAGCAAUGUUCUCGGAAUACUGCGCGGAACCUUUCACCAUCGAGCCCGUCAAGAUUGUUUCGCCCCACAACGGCGAGUCUCGAGAAGCACCUGAUCUUACUCCUCGUGUGACUCAGGCAUCGGCCGGCUUCAUCAACUCUGUCUGCGGGCUCAAAGAAUCACGCGAGUCUAUCUGCAAAUUGCUCUCGAAAAUGUGCUACAGCGCAAAGCCUUCACAGACCGACUCGGACAAGCUGGACAUUGACAUCCCGAUUACACGCGCCGAUGUAUUGCACCAGGCCGACAUCAUGGAAGACGCUGCCAUCGCAUACGGCUUCAACAACCUACCACAGAAUUUCCCCAGCACAUCCGCCUCCGUCGCCGCUGCCCUACCCAUCAACAAGCUCGGCGACAUUGUCCGGCUCGAAGCAGCCAUGGCAGGCUGGAGCGAAGUCAUGCCUCUAAUCCUGUGCAGCCACGACGAGAACUACGCAUGGCUGAACCAGAAAGACGACAACCUCGCCGUCCGACUCGCAAACCCCAAGACCGCCGAAUACCAGAUCGUACGAACAUCCCUCAUUCCAGGUCUCCUCAAGACCAUCCGCGAGAACAGACGGCACGCGGUACCCAUGAAGAUCUUCGAAGUUGCCGACGUCUGCUAUAAGGACUCUUCCCUUGAGCGACGGAGUCGCAACGAGCGACACUUCGCCGCAGCAUGGUACGGCAAGUCUUCCGGUUUCGAGCAAGUGCACGGUCUGCUCGACCGCAUCAUGUUGAUGCUCAAGUCGACGUUCAUCACGAGAGAGGACGGACUCAAGAACGAGAAGGUCCAGGGGUACUGGAUUGAGGAAGUCGAUGACCCAACAUACCUCGCCGGCCACUCGGCCGCCAUCUUCCUGCAUCUCGAUGGCAAGCCGCAGCGCAUCGGCACCUUUGGCAUCCUCCACCCAACUGUGCUGAAGCGCUUCGACCUGCCAUUCCCGACGUCGACGUUGGAGAUCAACUUGGAGGUCUUCCUAUAG